UCGUAUUUUCCUCCCCUCUACUGCCUGCUUUAACACUGAGAGACACUCGAAAUAAACAAGCGCAAAGAGAGGUUCGUUGUUGGGACCGGUCUGGCUCCGGUGGCACGUUUAUCAGCAGCCGAUGGACAGAGGGGUCGUGCACCUAUAAGUUACCAUCAGUGAAACCCAAACCUCCCGUCCGUUACUGGUUCCUCUGAGCCCGUUUUAAUGUAAACUUUUUAAUACCUGCGCUGCAUUCACUGAGCUCCGACAAAAGCGAGGAUUGCCUGUAAAACUGCAGAGAGAACUACUUGGACCUAUGGAAACACUCCGCCAUCCUCCCUCCCCCAUGCCUGGUCUAUAGCAAACAAAUAACCCAUCUUCUCUCUAACACCCUGCUCUCAGCCAUUUGACCAGCCCUUCCCACCCUGUGGUCACACCAUGGCCAGCAAGAGGAAGUCUUCUACGCCUUGCAUGAUCCCUAGCAAGAUUAUCUGCCCCAUAGAAGAGGUUGAGCAGCACUCACCUGUUCUUCUACGUCAGUCCAGGAUUUCUGGAAGUAACAGUCAUAGCCCUCUAGACCCUGGUGAGUCUUCCAAACUGGAGGCGAGGGAUGCUGACAAGGACGGUGCUGGCACUUAUACCUGCAAGCCUUGUAAUUAUGAAACCCAUGACCUUAACUUAUUCUUGGAUCAUGUUUACUCUGGGCAUCCAGACUUCCGUGCAGACCCCAGCUUUGUUUGCAUGAGUUGUGCCGUUUCUGCGCCUAAGUUUGAAGGCCUGGCCCUGCACAAUGCCAGGGUUCACCCCAGUACAUUGAAUACUACUCUGCAACUGAGGAAGAGGGACAGGAGGAUGGUGGUAGAACAGAAUCUGGUGAGUGGGGUAGAGACAGGCAAGGACAGUGAGAUUUCCAUCACAAAAACCCCAAUAAUGAGGAUGCUAAAGGGCAAAUCAGAGCCUAAACGGAUUGUAGUGUCUCACCUGGUCUCUGAAGAACCAUCCUCAGACCGACACUCUAUCUCUGCAUCAAGAGAUACUGAAAGGAAAGAGACUGCUGCAGUGACAGUCACACACGUCCCUACAAUUGUUCACAAUGGAACAACCAAGGUCACGUUGCCCUCGGCUAUCCAAAUAGUCAACGGUUCUGCAGCAUUACCGAUGUUAAAGACGCCCAUCACACAGGUGGUUUCAGUAGCUCAAAACAGAAGCCUUUCCCAUGCUGCACCAAUCACAGCCUCCUCAACUGUUUCCUCAGCUUCCUCACAUUCAUCCUCAAAAAAUCUCCCAAAGGUAAUGAUUCCUUUGAGCAGCAUCCCCACCUACAGUGCCUCCAUGGAUGACUCCUCCUUCCUGAAGACCUCCUUCAGUAAGUUUCCAUACCCUACAAAGGCUGAGCUCUGCUACCUGACUGUGGUCACGAAGUUCCCUGAAGAGCAGAUCAAGAUCUGGUUCACAGCUCAAAGACUAAAACAAGGCAUCAGCUGGUCUCCAGAAGAGAUAGAGGAGGCUCGGAGGAAGAUGUUCAACACCAUCAUUCAGACAGCACCUGCCACCUCACAGAACCGCACUCAGAGUCACCACAGCCCUGCUCAACACACUAUUACAGUUCUGCCUGCCUCACUUGGGCCCACAGGAAUCCCCCAGUUUCUGCAGGGAUCCCUUGUCAGCCAGGGAGGGGUGAUCGUCACACAGCCUGUGGUGGCAAAUGGUAUUCAGGUCAGCAGUGCUCCGGUGGCCCUGGCUGUCACACCUAAGCCUCAGGCAGCGGCACGGCCAAUGAUGCAGGCCCGACCUGCUGCAGCUCUGGUGGCGGACAAAGGAAUUAGCAUGGUGGUGGGUACAGUGGGAAGCAGUAGUGCAGGAAGCAACAUAAUUAGCAGCAGUAAUAGUAAAAGUGGGGGAGGGGGCACAAGCAUUACUAGUAGUAGUCAGUCUGGUGCCAUCAAUCUCAGUCUUGGAAGCAACAGUCAUAGCAAUGCUAAGGUAAGCAGUGUCAAUGGUAAGCACAGUAGUGCUAAUGCUGACUCCAAUGACAAGAGAAAUGGUAAUGAUACCAGCCGAAUAAGUACUAAGAACACUGUUAUCAGCAAGGCAAACAGCACCAGCAUUGUGCAUAGGGACAACAAGGUGACCACGGACAGCAAAGCUGUUAACAGCAGCAAAACAAGCGGUGAUGGACACAAGAGUAAACACUCUAAUGAUGGUUACAACAUAAAUGACACAAGUAGCACAAGCACGGAUGAUGUUGAUCCCUCUGCCAGAGACUCUCCAAUUAUCAAAAUGGAGGAAGCAUCAUCCCCUGCCUCCAAAUCUUCCUCCCCAUCUCCUUCAGCUCCCUGCAGUACAGCUGGCUCCCGGACACCUGUCAAUUCAUUCUUGGACCCCAACUUUUACAAGGGCAAGAAGUCUCAGGAGCAGCUCAAUGCCCUGAAGGACAGCUUCCAGGUGAGCCAAUUUCCUGACCAGGAAGAAGUAGACCGCCUCAUUGCUUUGACUGGCCUCACUGUGCGAGAGGUCCGCAAGUGGUUCAGUGACCGGCGCUACCACUUUCGCAACCAAAAGGGCACACGUUCCAGCACAGGAAGUCAAAAUAAGCCCAGCACUGUCUCUGGAGCAGGAAGUGGUCCAAGUACACCUGUGAGCUGCGCUGCCACCAGCAGUGCCACCCCUGUGGAUCUGUCAGAAAGUCGCAGCAACUCUGUUGCUAAAACGCCUCAGCACAGCUCCCCUAAUGCCCCUCUGAGCCCAUCUGCAACACACACUCCCACUUCGCCCACCACACCUUCCCGCCGACUCCCCAGACCACCUUCACCAGAUUUCACAGCCAUCCGUUAUAAGGAGAGAGACCCCCAUCAGGUUAAGGCCCUUGAGGCUAGCUUUACUGAGAAUGCUGAUCCAUCAGGAGAAGAGGUGGAUAGGCUGCGAUCUGAGACCAAGAUGACCAGGAGAGAGAUCCAUGGCUGGUUCACUGACAGGAGGAAGAGAGUGGCUGCAGAGAAAAAGAAAGAGGAGGCAGAUCGCGUCUUCAAAGAUGAUGAGGAGGACAUUGAGGCUGAUGGGGAAGAGAGACAGAAAGAUGAUGGUUUUGGAGAGCCAAAAGUCAACCCUAUUAAAAUAAAUCUAAAGAUGCUAAAGGUGACAGAGGCCAGUGGCAAAACAGAGGGAGAAGGGUUGGAUAAUUCAACUAUUCCAUCUCAAUCCAGCAACUCACCUACUUCCUCCCUUGGCGCCAACUCCUCCUCCACCUCCAAACCAUCUCAGUCCUCCACAUCAACCCCAAAAGCAUCUCACUCCCCAAAACCUACAACCAUCCGAGGCAAGAAGACAGCGGAGCAGCUACACCUGCUCAAACAAGUCUAUGCUCGGACCCAGUGGCCCAGCGCUGGUCAGUAUGACGAGUUAAUCUCAGGCACUGGGCUGGCCAGACCUGAGGUGGUGCGCUGGUUCGGGGAUUGUCGUUAUGUGCAGAAGAAUGGGCAACUGAAGUGGCUGGAGGAGUACCAGAACAUGGCUUUGGAGGAGGACCUGAAGCAGGAGAAUACGGAGAUCCUCCAGGCUCACCUUGACGUCCACGGCAGACUGGAAGAGUCACAGCUGCAGGAACUAGCUGAUGUGAGCGGAUUGAGUGCAGACCUGGUGCGACAUUGGUUCUCUACCAAGACAGCUCAGCUCAAAACCAAACAAGCUGCUGCUCAUACGACAGAAGCAAGCUCGGUUGUACCAGGCGUGGCAGGAGAGCCACAGACGACAGGACCCUCCCCUUUAGAGCCACAGCCAGGAGGCGGGACCGAGGAGAAAAUGGAGCAGUCAGUGUGCGGCGUUGCAACAGAAGCAGAGGAGACCAACACUGACAAGAAUGUAAAUGCUAAUAAAGAAACUGAUUGAAGAGGCCUUUGUGUUGGGAGGUGGAUUUUACAACGCAGGUGGUCUUUGUUCUGGAGUCUGACUAAAAGCCAGCAGAUGCGUUUUGUAACAGGAUCACUGGAUGGAAAUGGAUCUUGAAUCUUUCCCCACCCACUCAUCACUCACUUCCUCCCUCUCUCCCUCCGUUCUCCAAACUCCCACCCCCAGAGGUAGGCACGACCUCCUCUGCGACGUGAGAUGGACACUAGUCACUAAUCCCCACAUCCACUCCCUCCUAUUUUGUGUCGACCUCUUCUACACCAACAUCCUCUCUAAUAUUCUGCCGUUUCCCUUUUCGAAGAAAGUAGAGACUGAUGUGCAGGGGUGGGGAUGGAGGUGGAGGGAGGUUAAGAUGUCAGCGUGCUGCCAUGUUUGCUCCUCCUGCCCUCUGUGAUGGGACAAAGGACAGAGUAAAGUGUGACUGAGAUUGAAGCCUGAUUUUGGGGUGGAUUGGGUUUAGACAGAAGAAUACAAGAAUCUGCAGUGUUGAUAUCAUAAUUUGUUUUGGGAUGUGAAAAAACUGCACAAGUCAUGCUACAGGGUGCCUGCCGAGGCCUUAGAUGAACAUUGUUGUUUUUUGUCUUCAUAUUCUUGCUUUUUAUAUUUGCAGCUUACUUUAAAUGUGCGAGCCAAGCUGUGGACAUCACAUCUUUGAUCUCUGUCAUUUCUAUCUUCAUGCUCCACUUAAAUUGGACUUCAAAGUGUUUGGUAUGUGAAGACAUUUGGAAUUAUUUUAUUCAAAGAGGGCAAGCACCCUGUGGUGUCUACAACAGAAAAAAAACACAACAUAGUAGGCAGUAUGGAAUAUGGUUUGUGUGGUAGCAUUAAGUGCUUCUUUACAUCAUCGAAAUGUACGUACAUUUGUUUCUAUGGAACUUUCUUACUGAAUAAAUUUGACUGUAAAAGAACUGUGAACUUUAGGAAAAGUUCCAUACUUAGGCUUGAUGUACAAUUUUUACAGAUGUAUUUGCAGAAUAAACAGAAUGUUAUGUA